AUGGAGCUUCCCAACUCAAAGAUGGUGAAACAUGAUGGGAAUAAUAGGAGGGAUCGAAUAAGUGAAUUACCUGAUGAUGUUCUUAUGGGCAUCUUGUCGUUUCUCCCACCCGAAGAAGCCGUACUGAAAACUAGUUUUCUUUCUCAUCGAUGGAAACAGCUUUGGGAAUCAUUGCCUGUUUCCGGUUUUAACUUCCGUGUUCCAAUGCCAGUAUGUUGUCGUGGCGGCCAUGUCAAAAAUUUGAAGGAUCUUCGUGAUGGGAAGUAUAUAACGGUUGAGGAUAUGAAAAGAGAAUGCUCUAAGUUUGUAGAAUGGGUCAAUAAUGUUAUGAUUUCACACCAAGGUUCAACCAUUGAUGAGCUGAGAGUUCGUUUUUACUUGGACAAAGAUUCACAGCGUUAUAUUGAUAAAUGGAUUGAGAUUGCCAUGAGAAAGCAGGUGAAAAAGCUAGAAUUGGAUUUCCCAUCAUUACUGCAUCGUCCUUCGAAUGCUUUUUACCCUUUUCCACAAGAAUGUUUUCCGGGAAUUGAAUUCCUUACUAGUCUUUGUUUGGUGAAUGUGGGUGUAAGUGAUGAGGCUAUGGAGUUUGUUCUUUCAAAUUAUCCCAUGCUUGAAACCCUCCAUCUUAGAAACUCGCCACUGCUUAUACAUCCUAAAGUUUCAGGUUCAUCACUGAGGUUGAAACACUUAAACAUAUCUCACUCUGAAUCUAUUCAAACCAUAGAGAUUUCUGCACCAAAUCUUGUUUCCUUUGAAUAUCACAAACUACGGAAAGUACCAUUUCAUAUAUGGUUUCAACACCCAUCAUCAUGGCGAUUCACCGUGCCGAACGGAAAGGGAGCGCCACGAGGGCAUGGGCAUGCUGUGGAGUGCGUGGUGGCCGACAUGGUGGCAUGGGUGGCCAGUGCUGGUGUCAGAAGCGUGGAGCGUGGUGGCCAAGGCAGAUGGGCGUGCGGCGGCUACCUUGGGGGGGAACCCUAA